CAGGCCCCGCCCCGCCCCGCCCCGCCCCGGCACUGCGCGCCUCUCCGCCGCCUCUGGGCGGAGUGGGCCAAGGGUUGAGCUAUGCUCGGCGUCCGCGCCUCAGUGGGUCUUUUGCAGCCGUUGAGAAAACCCGGAACGAAGGUGUUGUUGCCGUGCGGCGGAGCGGCGCCGCCCCUCGCCGCACCUCCCCGGCAGCCUUCGGAGGCCUUGCUGGGCAUGCUCAGUCGUCAGGGCCGCUUCAGCUCUCGGAGUAGGAAGCUUGGGGCGCUGGGCUGGUAAAGGACCCGCGGCGGGGCGAAGAUGGAGCCCUUUACCAAUGAUCGACUUCAGCUUCCAAGGAAUAUGAUUGAAAACAGCAUGUUUGAAGAAGAACCAGAUGUGGUAGACUUAGCCAAAGAACCUUGUUUACAUCCUCUGGAACCUGAUGAAGUUGAAUAUGAGCCCCGAGGCUCUAGGCUACUGGUGCGCGGUCUUGGUGAGCAUGAGAUGGAUGAGGAUGAAGAGGAUUAUGAGUCAUCUGCAAAGCUGCUGGGCAUGUCCUUCAUGAACAGAAGCUCAGGCCUUCGGAACAGUGCAACAGGCUACAGGCAGAGUCCAGAUGGGACUUGUUCAGUACCCUCUGCCAGGACCUUAGUGAUCUGUGUUUUUGUCAUUGUGGUUGCUGUCUCAGUAAUCAUGGUGAUUUAUCUACUGCCUAGAUGUACCUUUACCAAAGAAGGCUGCCACAAAACAAACCAGCCAGCAGAACUCAUUCAGCCAAUUGCUACAAAUGGGAAAGUGUUUCCAUGGGCUCAAAUUAGGCUUCCCACUGCCAUUAUUCCUCAACGUUAUGAACUUAGCUUACAUCCAAACCUAACCUCAAUGACAUUCAGGGGUUCUGUGACAAUUUCACUUCAGGCCCUUCAAGAUACACAGGAUAUCAUUCUCCAUAGCACAGGACAUAAUAUUUCAAGAGUGACAUUUAUGUCAGCAGUUUCAAGUCAAGAAAAACAAGUUGAAAUCCUGGAAUAUCCAUAUCAUGAACAAAUCGCCGUUGUUGCCCCUGAAACUCUCCUAACAGGACACAAUUAUACCUUGAAGAUAGAGUAUUCAGCAAAUAUAUCUAACUCUUAUUAUGGGUUCUAUGGCAUUACCUACACAGAUAAAAGUAAUGAGAAAAAGUACUUUGCAGCAACUCAGUUUGAACCUCUGGCAGCAAGAUCUGCUUUUCCUUGUUUUGAUGAACCAGCAUUUAAAGCCACAUUUAUCAUCAGGAUCACAAGGAAUGAGCACCAUACUGCGUUAUCAAAUAUGCCUAAGAAGUCAUCGGUCCCUGCAGAAGAAGGACUUAUUCAAGAUGAGUUUUCUGAAAGUGUGAAAAUGAGCACAUACCUGGUUGCUUUCAUUGUAGGGGAGAUGAGGAACCUGAGUCAGGAUGUAAAUGGAACUCUGGUUUCUGUGUAUGCUGUACCAGAAAAAGUUGGUCAAGUUCACCAUGCCUUGGACACAACUGUAAAGCUCCUUGAGUUUUAUGAAAAUUAUUUUGAAAUUCAGUACCCACUUAAGAAAUUGGAUCUGGUGGCCAUUCCUGACUUUGAAGCAGGAGCAAUGGAAAACUGGGGCCUGCUCACAUUCCGAGAAGAGACUCUUCUGUAUGACAACGCCACUUGUUCAGUAGCAGAUAGAAAACUGGUCACUAAGAUCAUUGCUCACGAACUGGCACAUCAGUGGUUUGGUAAUCUGGUUACAAUGCAGUGGUGGAAUGACCUGUGGUUAAAUGAAGGCUUUGCCACUUUCAUGGAGUAUUUCUCUGUGGAAAAAAUAUUCAAAGAGCUCAACAGUUAUGAAGACUUCUUAGAUGCUCGAUUUAAAACCAUGAGGAAAGAUUCCUUGAAUUCGUCUCAUCCAAUAUCAUCAUCUGUUCAGUCUUCAGAACAAAUUGAAGAAAUGUUUGACUCUCUUUCCUAUUUUAAGGGAGCUUCUCUCUUGUUGAUGUUGAAGAGUUACCUUAGUGAAGAUGUGUUUCGGCAUGCUAUCAUCCUUUACCUGCACAAUCACAGCUAUGCAGCUAUUCAAAGUGAUGAUCUCUGGGACAGCUUCAAUGAGGUCACAAACAAAACUCUAGAUGUAAAGAAAAUGAUGAAAACCUGGACCCUACAGAAAGGAUUCCCAUUAGUGACGGUCCAGAGGAAGGGGACUGAGCUUUUUCUACAACAAGAAAGAUUUUUCCUAAGCAUGCAACCCGAAAUUCAGGCUUCAGAUACAAGCCACCUUUGGCAUAUUCCAAUAUCCUAUGUCACUGAUGGAAGAAACUAUUCAGAAUAUCGAUCAGUUUCACUACUGGACAAGAAAUCAGACAUCAUCAAUCUUACAGAACAAGUGCAGUGGGUCAAAGUCAAUUCAAACAUGACUGGCUAUUACAUUGUUCACUAUGCUGAUGAUGACUGGGCAGCUCUAAUCAAUCAGUUAAAAAGAAAUCCUUAUGUUCUCAGUGACAAAGACCGAGCCAACCUGAUCAAUAACAUCUUUGAACUUGCAGGCCUUGGCAAAGUACCUCUCCGGAAAGCAUUUGAUUUGAUUGACUAUCUUAAAACUGAGACCCACACUGCACCCAUCACUGAAGCCCUGUUCCAGACAGACCUUAUCUAUAAUCUCCUGGAAAAACUGGGACACAUGGACCUAUCCUCAAGAUUGGUGGACAGAGUGCAUAAAUUGCUCCAGAACCAAAUCCAGCAGCAGACUUGGACAGAUGAAGGCACACCAUCCAUGCGAGAGCUUCGCUCAGCUUUGUUGGAAUUUGCCUGUGCCCACAGCCUAGAGAACUGUACCACUGUAGCCACAAAGCUGUUUGACAAUUGGAUGGCAUCAAAUGGAACUCAAAGCCUGCCUACUGAUGUCAUGAUCACUGUGUUCAAAGUUGGAGCAAGAACCGAGAAAGGCUGGUUGUUCCUCUUUAGCAUGUAUUCCUCCAUGGGCUCUGAAGCAGAAAAGAAUAAAAUACUUGAAGCUCUUGCCAGCUCAGAGGAUGUACAUAAACUUUACUGGUUAAUGAAAAGUAGCCUUGAUGGUGAUAUCAUCCGAACACAGAAGUUGUCACUUAUCAUUAGAACAGUGGGCAGACAUUUUCCUGGACAUUUGCUGGCUUGGGAUUUUGUUAAAGAAAACUGGAAUAAGCUUGUACAUAAGUUCCAUCUGGGCUCCUAUACCAUACAAAGUAUUGUUGCUGGAUCUACUCACUUAUUUUCAACGAAGACACAUUUAUCUGAGGUCCAGGCAUUCUUUGAAAACCAGUCAGAGGCAACCUUGCAGCUUCGGUGUGUUCAGGAAGCUUUGGAAGUGAUUCAGCUGAAUAUCCAGUGGAUGGCCAGGAAUCUGCAAACUCUGACACAGUGGCUGUAGCACUCACAGCUGAUGCUCUGCUGCCCACGGCUCUGCUGCUUUCGCAAAAUUGAAUGAAGGCCGGCCUGCUGCUGAGUGGUUUGCACUGUUAGAAGUUCUAGUUAGCUCAGGGCCCAAUUGUAUUUUUCAUAUCUCUUCUGAGAUGUCUUUAGGCAGUAGUUAUUUAUUACAUAAUUAUAUUCACCUGUAUGUCAACCAUCUACAAUAACAAUGAAUAAUUUCUUUCUGACACAAAAAUGGAGAAAAAAGUCAGAUUUGAAAUUUUGUUCUAUUUCUUAGUGUCCAUAGUGUUGCUGUUACAAUGCAACCAAGGAAGGUCUGCUGUGAGAACCACUGUAUUUGUAGGUUGCUGAUUGGUCAGUUGUUUGCUGCUUCUUGUUAAAUAGUUACACCUGGAUUUUGGUAGUUACCCUGAGGAGUAUAGUAGCAAAGACAUUGAAGGUGCAGAUCUAGACAGAUGACCUCAGGUGUUCUUUAAACCUGAUUGGGGGUUCUUUAAAAAGAUUUAUGUCCAAAUUCCAAUUUUUUUCCUGCAGAAUAGCCAGGUUUUAAACAAUUUUUCAUAAUUCUGUUAAAUUGAACAGCUGAACAGUCAAGCCCAAAGUUUCAGUUUUCCAACUAUUUAAUACUUUCUGUUUCAUCUUUAUGGCACUAGGUAGAAAGUGUUCUGAACUGAGUUAACAUUAAUUAUUCUACUCAUGAAUUCCAAUGCCCCCAGCUUUGUAUCCUGGUAAGGCCUUCCAUCGACUUUCUCCUGUAGAGGAGCACCCACACUUGGGAGGCGGCUUUCUCCUGUACAGUACUCCACGCUUGCGAGGAUUUCUGUGAGCACUGGUGGCUUUGUCAUUACUUUCACCCAAGAAUGCAACUUGUUUAAGUUGCCUUUUGAACCUUAUAAAUCAUAUACUCUUCUCUGUGAAUCAUACCCAUGUGUGGGUUUUUACUUUAUGUUACAGUGUGUAUUAGAAGCAUUUCUUAAAUAGGAUCUUCAAGAAAUUAAAGCUUUUUAUUUUGAAGUUCACCAUAGUACCUUAAAGGGACAAUGAGAACAUGGAACAGGAGGAGGUUGAAAAUAUGGUGGGCUAUGAAUUCUUUUUUCACUGUUAAGUUUUUUUUUUUUUUUUUUUCAUUUAUCAUGGCCAAACUUCAUUAAACAGGGUGGCCAAGGAUCCAGCAGAGGACGAGUGAGGAAGGGAGCCCAGAGCAGAGCAGACUGUGGGCGCUUUCACUCCUUCUGAAGGAGAAGUACUGUACUUGAAUUUUUUGAGCUAUGCAGACUUAUUCCUAGAUUGUUGCGUUUCUUUGAUUCUUAGGAGAGAAGCUUUCUUCUUAAUAACUCAUGAGACUUCUAUAUUUGUUUGAAAACAGUGUCUGUGUACAUAAAAGGGAAUUGCUCAUUUGUGAACACUGAAAACACUCCACAGAGUCAGACCAGAGAAAGGCCACUUUUUUUUUAUUCAGCUGUUGUAAAGUUAGAAUAUGUGGAGUUAUAUACAAAGUUAUAGUUUAUUUUAUGAGAAUAUUUUUAUAUAAUAAAAUUUUAAUGGCUGACAUGCUGAAAAAUAGCCUGCUUUAAUCCUAGAGUUUGCUCCCAAUUUAGUCUUUUCUAAACAUUUUUUGGGUUUUUUGUUUUUGUUUUUGUUUUUGUUUUUAGUAAAAGAUGUUAUUCCUGAGAAUCAUACAAUCAUCUUGAUAUUUUAGUGAAAUAGGUAAUUAUAGAUCUUUAUUCCCUUUGUGCUUUUGGUAAAUGUAUGACAGUUCAGUUGAUACUGAAGGUUAGUAGGAUUUUAUAUUUUUAGAGUGAAGGAAAAAUACUCUUGUGAGUUUUAGUUGCCCCUUUUCAUUUUUUACCAUGCUGUGUUACUAAAUUAUACUUUGAUAACAGAGUUUAACUUUGCUACUUCCCAAGGUCAGUUCAGUCUUGAGAUUUACCUGCCCAUCUUGGUGUUGAUCUUAAAGUCUUUGUAAUUCUACAUACGGCAAAUAUUGUCUUAAAAAAUACUGUUUUUCCAUGUAUGAGUGUGAAUGUUUGUGGUGUGCCAUGUUGUAAAUAAAGCCUUACAAGGAUAUAGGCUUAAAAAGAGGUAGUUCUUGAUCCAGUGCUAUUAGUAGCUGCUUGAUCCUGGGAUGCUGGAGCCAUAUUUUAAGUCUUACCUAUAACCUUCACCUGACUUCUUUAAAAUUUUGGUAGGCCUCUUAAUUUGCCCACAGAAUUCUGCAUGUUUUCAUGUUUUGUUAGCUCAUUUAUGUGCAGCUUCUUAGCUAACUCAAAGUCAGUGCUAUAAGUCUGGGAGGUGGCAUUUAUAGUCUGAGAAGUAUAUUGGUAGCAUUCAGAAUUUCUUCCUCUAAAAUUUAGUUCUUCUCUCUGUACUUUUAGGAAGAAAGAUUGAAGCAGGAGGGUCAGCUUGUGCUUUGGCAUAAACACACAAAUACCUGACAGCAUUGGGUAGCAGCUGAAUGAGCAUUCUGAUCACUACAGAGAAAGGGUGUUCUUGAAUGUAAUGGGAAAGGUACAUCUUGAUUAUUAGGAAAGAUAGAAUUGGAAAUCUAGACUUGCAUUGAUUUGGAGAUCUGAGAGUUUAUUAAAGCUGGGAAUUGGAGGAGACAGGUUUACUCUGCUAAUGUGAAGUUACCUAUAAUAAAGCAGUGGCAGUGCCCCCACCCUAGAAGCUUAUGCUUUCUUCUGUCGCAUUGUACUUGUCAUUGCUUCAGAGUGUUCACAGACUUUCUUGCUAUCACAGGUUCUACUUAAUUUUCUUUGCCAUAUGUGUUUUUAUUUUAUGAGAUUUUAGCCACCAUUAGAGCAAAAGCUGCCAGAAGAGUCCUGGGUAUUAAAAAACAACAACAACAAAAAAAAAAACCAAUCCAGCUGCAUGAGGUUUACUGGGUACCCAACAAUCCUUGCUGAUUAUUGGGAAGCAAGAAACUAAAAUUAAGUCUUGUGUUGUUGCAUGAUUGUUAGUCUGUUGUUAAAUUGGAUUUUAAAGAUGGUUACUUAAUCUAAAGCACCUGAACUGAUAAUCUUCAGCCAAUCCGCUGAGCACUUAUAUAAGACCAUGUAUUCUGUGGGUUCCUCGAAUGGCACGGUGGGGUCCUCUGUUGCCAAGGAGUGCAAUGAGUUUGCAUCUAGGAAUGGGUUGCUUUACGUAGGCCUCCAAGAAUUGGGACCAUGGGUAUAACGAAGGUUUUCUCACCUUGCCUUACUUUUGUUUAUGUGGAAUUAGGUAAUAUUCUGUCUUCUUAUGUUUGUAUUUCUUGAAACUCAGGUAUAUAUUUUUGCUGGGGUUUUCUUUUAUUUUGUUCUUAAAUAUCUAAAAUAUCAAAAAGUACCAAAUGAAAAAUGGAGGCCCCAGAGUAUGACAAAGUACUCUUUUCCCAUCCCGCUUGCCUGGUUAGUCAGUAACUAGUAGAAUAAGUGACUGACCUUUAUAAAGUUUGUAGAGGUUUUUGGGUGGGGUGGGGGUGGCAUUGAUACAUAUUUUGAAACAUAUAAUGUAUUUUUAGAUGUUUUUAUAUUUUAUAAAUUUUUUCCUGUUAAUGAAAGAGUGAAGUACUGCUCUCUGAUAACCUCUCCUCUUCCCAUAUUGCCUAAUAAAGGCAAGAGUUAUAGAAUAAUUUGAUUUUAAGUUUUGAAACAAUGUGGGUUUCAAGAGGGGAACAAGGUAGCUUCUUUUUAGAGUGUGUAGAAAUAGUUUUGCUGCUACUUGGCACUUAUUUAAUGCUGCUCUCUAUACUUUUUUCUUGUGGACAUGUACAUAAACCAUGCAAGGUCACAUAGAUGUUUGGCAAUAACAGAAUAGUAGUAGUUAGUACCUGUUUUUGUUCUAGUCUUAGGAACUUAGGUUGUCUCCCAUCCUUUCAAACAUGUUAUAAAUGCAAUGCCAUUUAUAUUUCACUUAGACUUGUCUCUUUGCAUAGACACUUAAUUACCAUUGUGACUAUGACAGACUCUUCCCUUCUUGUUGCCUCUUAAGGCAGUAACUGUGUGGAAGAGAAUAGAGUAGUGCUUGCUAUGGCCUUUUAUUACUGAUUCAUUAGGUCCUAUGCCCUUCAAACAUAUGUGAAAAUACCUGAUGAAAUGUGGAAAACUACAUGUGAACAGUCCUCUUCUUCUCACCUCUUACAGCCUGUUGGCUAUCUGAGUGGAAGAUGGAGGGAAAUGUACUUAACGUCUGUAUAUAUGUUCUUACUACUGUAUUGUUUUAAUUCACUGGGUGAUCAGAGUGGAAGAUCCCCAAUGUACCAUGGAGUUCAGGUGUAUAGCAGUGCCCUCUUUCCCUUUAUUGCCUGAGUACAAUACUUCUUAAAGUAUUUUGAAUGUUUGAAAGUUGGAUUUGGGUUUCUGGUGAUUGUUGUUUGGUUGGUUGGUUUUUGCUAGGCUCAAAAAGUAGUUUGGGGGCAGAGUAUAUGCUUUCCAAGUGUAUAAACAUGUUGUUGCUGUGUUUUUACUUCCUUGCUUUCCUUGUCCUUUCUAUGGAUGUAUGAGUAAAGUUAGGAUCUCUCUAAGAGGUUUCUUCCUUAUGUUGGCCAUGCAGUAUCUGGUAGCAUUGACAGUGACUUGGAGCUGCUCCUGGGGUGAGGAGCUGGCAUCUGCUUUUCCUAUGUGUGUCCCUAGGUGCUCUUGCUUCUUAGUCACUGCAUUUCAUUGGGUGCCUCUCCUGGUGAACUGUGGAGCUCUGAAUUUAGUGUCCUCCUGUUCCUGUUCCAUCCCCGUGACUAGGUUUUUCUUUUUAGUUUUUUCUCUUAGCUUUAGUGGGGACUAAGGGCGAGAAAUAUAUUCUUUAUAAAUAUAAAUAACUUUGUUACUAUACUGUGUUAUUUCAUUUGGUACUGAAUCCUUUCCAUGGGCAUAUAAGUACCUAAUGAGACGUGGAGGUCCGGAUGUAUGAAACCUUCCUCUUUUCCCUUUUCCUCAUUGCCUCUGUGGGCAAUAGUUGUAGAGUAGCAUAGAUUUUCUAAUUCUCUUCCACCCAGAGGGGUGGGGUAUGUAUAUACUUUAAAGUGUAAAUAUAAAUUUUUUAAUCUUUUUGUUGUUACUUCAUUUGUACCUAAAUCUAUUUGUGGACACUUAGGUACAUAAGGAAUAUUGAGGUUCAUUCUAUGAAAAAUCUCCCCUUUCCCUUCCCUCAUUGCCUGUCUAGGCAGUGGCUUGUAGAAUAGCUGUGUAGCUUUGGCAUAGGGGUGUCGAGUGGGAAGAGUUCUGGGUUUUUACUUUUUUAGCUGUAUUUAAAAGUCUGUUGGUUAUUUCAGUUUUUCACUCUCAGUCUGCGUUUGUGUUACCAAACAAACCAAGAGUCUAUAUCUAUACCCAGAAGUGCGGAACAUCUGCCCCUCACUCUGUCACCUGUGCCAUAUUGCAGUAGUGUAUAUGUACUAUAAGGCUUGAGUUCUUGUUUUGUCCGUUGCUUAUAACAUAGCUUGUUAGAGAAAAAGGUAACCAUAUGAUAUAUAUGUAUAUAUGAUUGUAAAUGCCUUGUGGUGUUAACUUCAUUUUGAACGUGGUCCUUGGUGCGACUAUUUUUACUAUGUACUUAAUGAACACUGAGAUUGAUUCUAUGAAAAUUCUCCACAGUCCCUAUCCCUCACUGCCUGGUGGGCAGUGGUAGACUAGAUGUUUUAUUUGCUUAUCUUUUGUUUGCUUUGUGGGGGUGUGGGUGUUUAUAUAUUUUUAAUGUAUAUAUAAUAUUGCUAUAUUCUAUCUAUUCUUCCACAUAGCACCAGUUCCUUGCUGGGAUUUGUAGAUAGAUAAUGCAACAUUGAGGUCCAGAGGUAUGAUAACUCUCCCCUGCUCCCUUUCCCUCAUUGCCUACAGAGGCAAUAAUUUUAUAACUUUUUUUUUUUAGGGGGUGGGAAUGGGAUUGCUUAGGUGGGUAGUAGUUAGGGGAAAGGGAUGGGUGCAUGAUUUUAAAAUAUAUUUUUUCACGGUACUGAUUAGGCCGUAGUCCUUUACAUGGAUAGAUAGAUAGAUGGGUACCUAAUCAAAACUGAGGGUCGGUGUAUGACAUAUCUUCCAUUCUACCCUUCCCUGUAUGCCGGUAUUGGCAGUAGUGAGUAAAGCAGCUGUGUGUUAUUUACUUGUUUUGGAUUUAUAUUUUUGAUAGUAGACUUUUCUUAAUAAAAAGCUUCAUUUCUUUAUUUCAUUUUGUGUUCUGCCCUUUGCCUAACAAUAAAGAACAUAAUGAAAAUUAGUUUCAUAAGAUGACAGAGCACAUCAUUUCUUGCAUAUCUCCACACUUAGUAGUAGGUAGUACAGUUGAUUUGUGGUUCUUUAAGGAUACAAAUAUUAUGCAUACAUAUUUAAUUUUCUCCCUUGCUCUCAUUGUUUCCCUUUAGUAUUUAUUCCCUUGAAGGUUUUUUACAUGCACCUAGAGAAAGGCUCACUGCAUGUUGAGUAUCUGACUGAAAGUGUACCCCUAGGACUCCAUGUGUAACAGUGGCAAUGGGCUUGUAGCAAAUAAGAUGGGAGAAGACGCGCAGGUAUGGCUACAUUGUGGAAACUAAUCAGAUCCAGCAUUUCUGGUGUUGAUUUAAACUAUGAUGGUGAAAGGCAGAAGAGCCCUCCAGAAUGGUAUGUCUGUGAGGCCUGAAAUUCAGAUUUAUCUCCAGAGUUCUUUUGAAUGUUCUUAUGUACCCAGGAGAAGUCAUUGUGAUUCUUAGAAUGGACCAUUUGAGUGAUUACUGUUACUCUGGUGGCUGACAGACAACAUGGUCCCAAAAGAAUUUCAGGGACAAGCCCUUUGUGUCUUAGAACAUCCGCAUGUGGCAGGGCACAUUGGCCCUUUCUUACCCAGAACUCUUUUGUGUGGCUGCAUCUCUUUCUCCAGCUCUCUCUAACUGGACCAUUCCUAUCCUUUGUUCUUUUGCCUUUAGUACCUUCAUUGUUGUUAGACGCCAUCUGAAGUUACUCUCACAAGUUUAAGCAAAUGCUGCCUUCUCAUUAGAUUUAUGAUUCUGUGUGCAUUUCAUGCACUGGAGCCUGUAUGUUUGCUCUCAGCAUUCUUAUAUUUCAUAUUGUUUCUUCUUCCACCACAUGGUAAAUGUUAUGACUACACAUUUGUCUGCAUCAAAGAAAGUGCGUGUGAAAACCUCCCUGUCCUCUUUACCUCUUAGCUUUGUCUUGUUCUCACAUUUUUACUCAUAUUCCAUGAGGAAGAUUUGCCAUAUCCAUUUAGGAAACACUGAGCUCCUAGAUAGAUAGGGCUCCUAGAAAUUCUCAAAGGCAUGUCAUUUACCAUAUCAAACUCUUAGGAAUGUGUUGGAUAGUUAUGCUAGUAACAUUGCUGUUACUUAUACCUGCUGCUGGAGGAAAAAGUUUAUUCAUGACACAUUUACCUUUGAUCAUAAAUAAAAGAGAAAGGGCCACCUUUUUGGAGUUAGUCAUGGUAGUCAUUAGUGAUAUUUUUGAACCGUUUUUAAUUUGAAGAACUUCAAAGGAAGUAAAGGUCAUGGCUUAGCUCAAAGAAAUGCUCCAGAAGUUGGGCUGUAUAAAUCAUCAGUACAAUAAUAUACUGUGCGUGCACGUGUGUGAGUGUGUGUGUGUGUGUGUGUGUGUGUGUAUGAAAUGAGAAUUGCCACAUAAUUGGAGCAUUUGCAUUCAUCAGCAAAUCAUGUUGAGACAAACUGUAGCCUGCUGUCUUGAUUAAAGCCAAGUGUUCCCUGUGGCUGUGAGGAAGAGGUUUUUUUGCAAAUACUUUGGAAAUUGAUUGCUUGGAAACUUACAAAGCUAUUGCCUCUUUUUUUUUUUUUUUUUUUUUAACACCAGUAGAGACCUUCAGUUCCUUCAGUCUGAGUUUAAGGGUAGAAUUCUAAAUUUGUAUUCUAAUCCGUCUUUUGUGGGAAUUUUUGAAAAUAGUAUGUAUGCGUAAUAUUGUAUAUGCAAAUUGUGUUGUUUUACUUGUUCUGCAUAUGACCAGCACUGACUAAAAGGCAUGUUUAACUAUAAACACUGUUGCUUUCUUUGUGAAAUGAAAAUAAAAAUAUUUAAAUACAAA